AGUGACAAUCCACCUCAUUCUCUCGCUCUCUCUCUCUCUGCCUCUCUACUUGACAUCAAUCCCUCCGAUCUCAAUCAACAAUCCCAUUUCUUUAGAUUCAUCUGUGUUGCUCUAUCUGUUUCCCUGGAGGGUCUUUCUCCUCUUACCCCCUUGGAUCUAUCGUCCACAAUCUCUCAGGUUCAAGCACGCCUCCGUACCUCCGCUACCUUGACGCCAUACACAACUUCUUCGCAUUCCAUCUUUGUCCUAGCAAGGCCACCGACGGCCAACCCACAGCAUGGCUCAAGAUUCAGACAAGCCCUCGGCCACAGACAAGGGCAAAGGCAAGGCGCCUGAAGAUCCCCCUGCCCUGAACGGAGAUGCCAAACAAUCCGAAGAGAAAGAUGCAGACAAGAAGGCAAAUGGCAAACCCGAGGAGCCAGCCGCGGAUGAGGAGCUAAGCGAGGAGGACCAACAACUGAAAAGCGAACUCGAGAUGCUAGUGGAGCGGUUAAAAGAGGAUGAUGCAUCUCUUUACAAACCUGCCAUCGACGCCAUCAAGAACUUCAUCAAGACCUCUACCUCUUCCAUGACCGCAGUCCCUAAACCCUUGAAAUUCCUCCGCCCUCACUACGACGAACUCGCUGCUCUCUACGACAAAUGGCCCGCGGGAGCAGACAGAGACUCGCUCGCAGACAUGCUAUCAGUCCUAGGCAUGACGUACGGCAACGAAGAGAAGCUUGAAACACUCAAAUACCGAUUGCUGUCCAAGUCAGACGAUCUCGGCUCCUGGGGUCACGAAUAUAUUAGGCACCUGGCCCUGGAGAUCGGCCAAGAGUAUCAGAAUCGCCUGACUGACGAGCGUGAAGUGGGCGAUCUGACCGAAUUGGCUCUCUCGCUAGUACCUUAUUUCCUUUCUCACAAUGCCGACGCCGAUGCCGUUGAUCUCUUGAGCGAACUCGAGAUGAUCGAGGAGAUACCAAGAUUCCUGGACGAAAACACCUUCUCAAGAGUUUGUCUUUAUAUGGUAGGAAUGGUCAAUUUGCUGACAUAUCCCGACGAUGUUGCCUUUUUGAAGACGGCCCACGACAUCUACGUCAAGUAUAAUAGAUUGGCGCAGGCCAUCGUCGUUGCCAUCAGACUCAAUGAUCUCGAACUCAUCCGCCAGGAUCUUGAUUCUACUGAUGAUGUCGCCCUCAAGAAGCAACUCGCCUUCUUAAUCGCCCGUCAGAGAAUCUCCUUAGAUCUGCCCACCGACACCAAGGACGAGCAAGAUAUCUUCGAAUGUCUUGGAAACACCCAGCUUCCCAAUCACUUCAAAACUCUCGCCAAGGAACUCAAUAUUCUCGAGCCCAAGGUCCCCGAAGACAUCUAUAAAACACAUUUGGAAAGCGGACGUGGAAGUUCAGCAAACGCCGACUCGGCUAAACAUAACCUCGCCAGCGCGUUUGUUAACGCCUUCGUCAACGCAGGUUUUGGUAGUGACAAACUAAUGUUAGUAGAGGGUGAACAACGCCCGUGGGUAUGGAAAACUAAGGAUGACGGCAUGCUCUCCACGACGGCGUCUCUUGGGAUGCUGACACAAUGGGAUGUUGAAGGCAGCUUGGACACCAUCGAUCGAUUCCAACAAUUGACCGAAGACACCAUUAAAGCGGGUGCUCUAUUGGCCUACGGAAUCGUCAAUUCGGGGGUGAGGAUGGAGGGCGACCCGGUGAUUUCCCUACUCAGUGAUGACGACAUUUUGCAAAGUCCUAAGCCGAUUAACAGACUGGCUGCCAUCAUGGGCCUGGGCUUGUCAUAUGCCGGAUCCAACCGAGAAGACUUGCUCGACUUCCUGCUGCCGAUAGUGGAGGACAGCACUCAAGAAAUGCAACUGUCGGCCAUGGCGGCGGUCUCACUCGGAAUGAUCUUCGUCGGCUCUUCCAAUAACCAGGUUGCAGAAGCGAUCGCGACGCAACUCAUGGAUGACGACCGUCAGAAGCAAUUAAAGGACAAGUGGGCCAGAUUCAUGGCUCUGGGACUGGCGUUAUUGUAUUUUGGCCGGCAAGAGGAGGUUGAUGUCAUUCUCGACAUCCUCAAGGCGGUCGAUCACCCGAUGGCCACCCCAACGGCGACACUGGCAUCAGUGUGCGCUUGGGCCGGGACCGGUGCCGUGCUAAAGCUGCAGGAGCUACUUCAUAUCUGCAAUGACCACAUCGAAGAUAAGGAAGAGAAUGUGGGAGAGCAACUAGUGCAGUCUUAUGCGGUGCUAGGGUUAUCGUUGAUCGCCAUGGGCGAAGAUGUUGGACAAGACAUGGUCCUUCGACAAUUUGGGCAUCUAAUGCACUAUGGAGAACCGAAUAUCCGCAAAGCGGUACCGCUAGCCAUGGGCCUGAUCAGCCCGAGCAACCCUCAGAUGAAAAUCUACGACACGCUAUCUCGGUACAGCCACGAUAACGACAAUGAUGUGGCCAUCAACGCCAUCUUUGCUAUGGGUCUCGUCGGUGCAGGAACCAACAAUGCUCGUCUUGCACAACUGCUGAGACAACUUGCAAGUUACUACCACCGGGAUCAAAACUCGCUCUUUAUGGUGCGUAUUGCGCAGGGACUUCUCCAUAUGGGCAAGGGAACCAUGUCCCUCAACCCCUUCCACACGGACCGACAAGUGUUGUCGCGUGUUGCUGCCGGCGGCCUUCUCACAAUCUUGGUGUCCCUGAUUGAUGCAAAACAAUUCAUCCUGGCCGAUGCGCAUUACCUGUUGUACUUUGUGGUGACGGCCAUGUACCCACGGUUCUUGGUGACUCUGGACGAGGACCUGAAGCCAUUGACGGUGAAUGUGCGGGUCGGUCAAGCAGUGGACGUGGUCGGGGCGGCGGGUCGACCAAGAACGAUUACAGGCUGGCAAACACAGAGCACACCGGUGUUGUUGGCGUAUGGUGAGCGAGCGGAGCUGGAGGACGACGAAUACAUCCCACUUAGCAACACGCUGGAAGGUCUUGUCAUUUUGCGCAAGAACCCCGACUUUGAAGACAACAAAUAGGAGGCGGAGGCCUGGUCGAGUCUCAAGAGACGUGUAACAAUUGCGAAAAGCAUGCAUGGGCACUUGGUAGAGUGUAGAAUAACUGCCUAGAUUAAUCUAGAAAUGGGACACAGGCACUCUUGUCUUGAUGGGCUCAUGGCGUCCCAGAGAGGCAGUGAGCAUAGAUAGGGAAUGCUCUAUAGUGUCAUCUUCGGUGCCUCCCAACAUUAUGCUCACUUUUAAGAGCGUUAUAAGGCAAUGAACAAUGGACGAUGGAUGUUGAAAGGCAUGCUAAUCUAUCCUUGCCGUGGGUUGCUCCUUCCAUGUCAAGUCAUCAGAUCCAAGUUCGCACCUGCCC